AUGGAGAGCUCGUCCUCCACAGUGAGGCGGCGCGCCUGGAUCAACAGCAGCCGGCAGUGGCCCACUGUGGAGGAGCCCGACGGGCCGCUGUGCAGCCUCCCGUCUGCCUCCAUAGCAGAUGACGAUGUGUUUUCUGACGAGGUCCUGGAGCUGUAUUCGGAGAAUGCAGAGGACACGCUAUAUGAACUGGGUUUCGGAUGUGAAGAGCCACAGGUCACUGUGCGCAUCCCUCCUCGCUUCUUCACCUUCCCUUCUCAGGCACAGGGCAUCAACUUCCGCCUCUUUCUGGAUUCACAGCUACGACGGAUUCGAGAGGAAGACCCCAGCCUCUCUCUUGCUAGUCGAUUCAGACAAGUGCAAGUCCUCACAGCCAUGGCCAACGCUUUCUAUUCCCUCUACUCCCACGUGUCGCGCACUCCUUUGCAGAAACUGGCCACCCCAGAGUUUAAUUUCUCCUCUCCUCUGGAGAAGAUAGAGCGGUUCAGGACCAGCAUUCGCAGCGAGCCGCGCUCUCCAGUGGAGAGGCUGAAGGACACCGUCAACAAGAUGUGUCUCUACACCGGCUCUCCUCGUGGGUCGGACUCCACCUCUCCGCAGGCCUCUCCCAGGAAAAGAUCCAGUCUUCCUGACGUUGUGGAUAUUGUCCUGAAAGUUAAUACGGGGCCUAAAAAGAAGUUGGAUUUAGGAGGACAUGCAAGGAGUAAUUCAGAUGUGGACGUCAGGCUGAUCGCAGGCGGUGAGCAAAUGGAGCAAACGCAGCAGACUGGGGCGAGCUCAGAUGUCCAUCGGAGCGGAGAUAAGGCCGGCCAGAGGAAGCUGAAGGACGAAAAACAGUCUGAUAGUGGUUGUAUUGGGGAACCCAGUGCCAGAGGAACGAAUCUUGACGGCAACAGUGUAAGAACGUCUCUAACGUCAUCAUUAUCAGGAGAUACUGUGGUGGACACAGAGGAUCCGUUGCGCUCCCAUCAGCUGGAGUCAGCCCCACGUUCGACUCAAAGAGACACAAAGACAGCCGAGCCAAAUCCUGUUGCCAUGGUUACCUACGAUCGAAUCUGCCCGCAAAUAGUCGAGAGUGUACACCAGGCCCCUUUCUUCUGUCUAAACAAGCACGAUACAAACAGCUCGGAAAUCUGCUCUGUGGCAGAAAGCAUAGAAAAAUCAUGCUUCGCAUCACAGAAACAAUGCACGCAAAUCCUCAUUUCUGGGCCCAAGGAGGACGUUUCCUCCACAGGAGAGGGCCCGCAAGCGGCAGCAACCGGAUCAUUUACUGCGCCCGAGCCCGAAAGCAGUUCUUCUCAUUACUGCAUCACAGUGACCGGCCUGGAAGGGGAGGACGGGUCUUCCAUGAGCGCAGCAGACUCCAGCCAAGCUUCACCUGUGCGGGAGUGUGAGGGGUCAUUUAAAAAGGGGAACGGACAGUACCUGAAUCCAAUGACACAUCCUAGCCUGGCCCACAUCCCUGCCAACCGUCAGCAGGUUAACUCAUUCGAGCUGGAGGAGCUGCACAGUGCAGGAGAGGAAGACUUUGGACAGUCAGAAGCUACAAGGACAGCCAGCUCUCCACUUUCAAAAAAGCAUCAAAACAGAGGUGAAGUGGCUCGGGUUGACAGCAUGCAGUCUGACAGCAGCGGCUACGCAGACGAAGAAGUCAGCCCCUCCGCAGACAGACACACUAGAUCCUGGAAAAACAGCGAAACCAAUGUGGACAGCAAUAUCUGA